CGCUGUAAAGCCACGAGUCACAAGGCCUCAAGGAAAUAGCCACACAAUCUCUCUCACACUCACACGCCUCAUCUUCGUUUUUACAUUCCUCACUCCUCUGCUCUGCUCUCUCUCUCUCUCUCACAGCGUGUGUGUGUGUGAACUGUGAAGUACCAAACAAUUGUGGGAAAUGGAGCUCACGACGCUGUAGCUGUCCCAGAUUAUUCGAUUGGUAAACUAAAGAGAAAAGGAGAAAGAAAAAUGCAAGCUUUGGGUGUCCAGACGCCCCAAGUUUUGGUGUCAUCAGUCAAGAAGAAAACUUUUCCAACUUUUGAUUCAUUUAAUCUACUGCCCUUUCGCCCUUUCGUGCCCAGGAGAAAUUUCAGACCAUCUUCUUGUUCUUCAUUGAGAUGCAGGGAGGUAUCAAAGUCAGAUGCUGGUGGACAAAGAACAAUUAGAGCACAUGCAUUAAAUGUGGGAAGUGGGUCUGACGGCUAUGAAGAGAGGCAAGAAAAUGAUGAUAGCCACAGAACAUCUGCUGAUGCCCAUCAUAGUGAUGAUUCUUCUAAAAUCUAUAAAGACGAAAGGAACUCAAGUGAAGGAUUGGCUAAUCAUGUUUUGAGCGAGGCAUCUCAUGAUCAAGUUCCGAAUUUAUUUCCUACAGCACUUUUGCUUUGUGCAUGCGCUGCAGGAUUUUUACUUUUUCUCUUUACAAAAGGACCUUCAUCACUAUUACCAGCCCUCGCAAAGUCGGGCUUCACAGCUGCAUUCUCUUUGAUAUUUGUUUCCGAGAUUGGAGACAAGGUCCUUCUUGGAUCAAUGGGUGCUCUAUCACUAAUGACUAUCUUGUCUGUCAUAAUUGGUAGGAUAUUUCAUUCUGUGCCUGCUCAGUUUCAGACAACUUUGCCGAUUGGAGAAUAUUUAGCUGUUACCCUUUUGAUGUUUUUCGGUCUUAAAUCGAUUAAAGAUGCAUGGGACCUACCAUCUACAGCAGCUAAAGCUGGAGAGCCCGAAAACAAGGAGUCUGACGAAUUCAGUGAAGCUGAAGAGCUUGUAAAGGAAAAGGUUUCGAAAAGGCUUUCCAAUCCCCUGGAAGUCCUCUGGAAGUCAUUCAGUCUUGUAUUUUUUGCUGAAUGGGGAGACCGCUCGAUGCUUGCAACAAUAGCUCUUGGUGCGGCACAGUCCCCAUGGGGUGUUGCAAGUGGAGCCAUUGUGGGCCAUCUACUGGCAACAUCCAUUGCCAUACUCGGUGGCGCAUUUCUCGCCAAAUACAUUUCUGAAAAAUUGAACGCUACAAUUUUGGCGAUUUACAAUCAAGAAUUUGCAGCAUAUCCUUUACAGCGAGUAGAGAAUAGAGCUCAACUUCAUCAUGUAGCACCAGGAAUUGGAGGAAUAUUUUCUCCUGACAAUGUUUCUUAA